CACUGGGAACGGGUUGCCCGGGAAACGGCCGCAUGGCAACAGGAUCAGAGCCUGGGGGUUGUCUGCUUCUAGGUCUGCUCCCAUUUUACAUCGCAUUUCCUCACUAGAUGGUGUGCAAGCCACUGGAGAGUAUACUUCCCCGCACAGUGGGCUCUACAUCCAGCAAAACAAACCCAGGGAAACUAUACGGCGGACCAUUUCUUUACGGGGCUGCGAGGAGGAAAAGUGUGGAAAUAAAAGCGUCGUUCGCGUCUUCUUUUUUAAGCCAACUCCUCGCUCUUUUUUGCAACAAGAAGACUUGGGAACAACAACACACAGCUGUGAUGGACAUAAUGAUUGCGGUGCAGGAUGCUUGUGUCUCUGGUCAGUGGCUAACUGCGAUAAUUCUCAGCCUGUGCUGCUUUCUGCCGUCCUGUUUGCCCGCUGGACAAACUGUGGACUACUCCUCGGUGGAAAGUGUGGUCAGCAGACAAGGCGACACGGCUCUACUGAGGUGCUACCUAUUGGAUGGGAUCUCUAAAGGAGCCUGGCUGAACCGCUCAAGCAUCAUUUUUGCAGGGAACGACAAGUGGUCUGUGGAUCCUCGUGUGUCCAUUGUGUCCAGCGUGGGAGACAAACAUGAGUACAGCCUUCAGAUACAGAAAGUGGAUGUAUCCGACGAUGGCCAGUACACGUGCUCUAUUCAGAGCGAGCGCAACCCACGGCCAAAGCUCCUCAACCUUAUUGUGAAAGUUCCUCCCAAGAUAUAUGACAUUUCCUCUGACAUCACGGUAAACGAGGGCAGCAAUGUGUCGCUCAUCUGUACAGCCAGUGGGAAACCUGAGCCAAGCAUUUCCUGGAGACACAUAACCCCAUUAGCCAGGAAGUAUGACAGUGGAGAAUAUCUUAACAUCACCGGCAUCACAAGGGACCAGGCUGGAGACUACGAAUGCAGCGCUUUAAAUGACAUCGCCUCUCCUGACACCAAAGCAGUAAAAGUCACAGUCAACUUUGCACCAUCUAUCCAUGAGAUGAAAAGCCAUGGAGUUGGUCUGGGACGCACAGCUCUGCUAAGGUGCGAGGCAGCUGCUGUGCCCUCUCCAACAUUCGAAUGGUACAAGGGUGAAAAAAGGAUUAUCAAGGGUCAAGGCAUUGACAUCAAGAGCCUCAGCUCCAGAUCAGUCCUCACAGUGAACAACAUGACAGAGGAUCGUUAUGGGAACUACACAUGUGUCGCCUCCAACAAGCUAGGGACGGCCAAUGCCAGUGUGCCUCUCAUUCCAAUUAUUGAACCCACCACCACUAGUGCUGUCUCAAGCCCAGCGCCCAACACUGCACCCUAUGGGAGCACAGGAAGCGCGCACGUCCCGCUGGCCUGCCGAUACCUGGUCCUGGCUCUCUCCUCCUUCAUCAGCGUGUACUAGCAGAGGCCAGCCCAGACACAAUGACUGUCGAGAGCAUUUAUGAAUCCCUUUUGACAUUGCUGAUGGCUGGAAUCCAAUCUGGUACAGUUUGUUGAAAAGCCGUGAUGGGGAAAAAUAAUCAGCGUUACUUUGUGUGGGGAAUUUUAUUUUUUCUUUGCUUUUUGGUGAAAUUUUUGUCAUGUAAAUACUAUGAUGUUUUUUUUUUUAUAUUAUUCUAAUUAUUAUUCCUUUCCUCUUUUCUGAUUGAUUGACCACCUUGUGAAUCAGUGCUCACCCCCCUCCCCUAGCCCCACCCCACCUCCAAUCAUAUCAAAAGUCCCCAAACUUUCCCAAAUGAGUUACUUUCAUGCCUCUUUCUCUGGAAGGCGAUGGCGCAAAAUUGACAUUAUCAUCCAUUUUUGUACAUGGCUAAAAAGAAGCAAUUGUGCCAAGUCUCUCAGUACACAGAAUUACCAUACCAAUGUUGUAUUGAAUGUAUUAUGGGUUGUUGAACAAAGGAAAGACAUUUAGAUUCCUAACAAUACAAAUUCUGAUUAUGGAGUGUGCUUAAAAAAAUACAAAAAAAAAAAGGAAAAAAAAUCAAAAGAAGAAAAAAGGCAGGGCUUUGUCAGGACCUGUAUUGUCAUGAUUACUCAAUAGAUGGAUGAACAGUGUUGAAGGUGUGCUUUGUUGUAUUCUGAAAUGGGUCCUUCAGUUACUAUGCCUGCCUAACAGAUUUGAUCAGGCAGCCGUCAAAGUAGCAAAGUAUACUGUAUUGUAUCUUUAUAUUUUAAUAUAGUGUAGGCUUUUGUUUUAAAGUGGGACCAGCUUUUCUCAUUCGACCAAGAACAUUAACACAGCUCAUGACUUUGUACAGUUUGAAGGGAGGAACAUUGCUGCCCUAUGUUUACAUUUCUCUUGAGAAUAUAAAUACUACAGUAUAUACUCCGUUCUUUUUCUUUCAGAGAGUCCACAUAUAUCUGUGAAUGUCACAACAAACUGUUGCGAAGAAUCAGCAAGUUCAAGUGUUGUAAGAUGCAGUUCUCUGAAACAUGCCACCUCCAGUGGGCGUCUGAAUUUGUUGUUCACCUACUGAUCAUCGACUGGCUGAAAACCCACAGCUACACGCUGUAGGUUGCUUGAAUUUUUUGGCUUCCAUUUUUGGCAUGAUAUUUAGAUAAUGGACUCUGGGAAAACAGCGUUCUGCAGCACAAUAUUUGACUCUGCUGUUUUUCUUCACAGAUAAUUCACUGCUUAAAUAUAUCACAGUCUCUUUUUACAGUAAAUAUAUCUACUUCAUUGCAGCAGUUAACUAAAAAAGGACACCAGAGAACCAAAGGUAAUAUAAAUUACGAUUUUUGGCAAAUACAUUAACAUAUGAUAUGAAAAAAGUACAAUAAUAAAGCCUGCUUUGCCUCCGAUCUAAUUCCCUCUCAUCCUAAUUAUGAGCAAAAAGCUUAUGAACAUUGGUAUAAACAUGGCCUAAGGUGCUAACAGCUCUUCCAAGAUGUGAGUCCAUUUUAUUCAGCCGAUCAGUGUCCACAGGGCCAGUGAAUGUCCAGCACAGAAUAAAUUAAACCAUGAGGUCGUUCAAUAGGAGAUAAUGUGGCUUUUUGUUCACUGAAAUCAACCAUAUCAAGGCUCGAAAACAAUGUUUUGUCAGGGUUUACUUUCUGACAAGACUGUCAUGGCAUAUUCAUCCUUGAGUAUCUUCAAUUCAUGGUAUAAACAGAGAUACUGUACUGUAAUGCCUUAAUAGUACCAUAGACAUCAAAUUAACCUCCUUUUGAAGGACACUUCCAGAAGCUCUCAAUAAGAUCCAACUCAUUUGUUUGACAUGUUACUGUUUAUUGAAUGUUCAUAAAACAGUAGCCGACUCUUUCCAAUUAGGCGUCAUAUUCAGUCAAAACUAAAUUUCUCAAUGUAUGGCUCCUGCAGGUAUUUUUAAAGAAGCCAGUUGCAUCUGAUAAAAAAAUGCAGUAUUUGUCAUACAGGUUGUUUGCAGGUCUUGUUUGGAUUUGGAUUGUGUUAUAUUCUCCCCCGCGAUCGAGGGACUAACAGUUCACGCAGUAUUUUCACCUGAACUUGUAACUGCAAAACCUAUAGAGAAAUAGCCAUCGCAGUUAAAAGACUUAAAGCACAAACACUGUUAUUAGUUUUACGUUUUGUGGUGAUUUGUUUUCAAGGUCUGCUAAACAUUUUUUUUCUUUUAUUGUUUGUACUGAAAUUGUUAUCAGCUUGUUUUACAAAUUAUGAAAAUACUGCACCAUAUGAUCUUGUUUAAAUGUUAAGGUAUAAUGAAAGUGGGUCAGAAGUAUAUUUAUUCUCUUCCUUUAUGAAAACAAUGUAUAAAAAAAAUACAUUUAAAACAUGUAAAACUGGAUAUGUGACAUUUAUUUGAAUGAGGCACAGUAUGGCAUAGUUUAUAAUGUUGUCGGGUUCAUUUAGAUGCCAUAACUGUUGUUGAUUUUUUGUCAGACGAGUACAUUAAAAAGAACAAUGUUUGCAAUCAAAUUACCUACUUUUUGAAACAGAGAGGGUGUGAACCAAUAUAACAGUAUUAUAGAACAGAAUCAAUGUGUGUAUAUUUGGAGAAAAAUAGGAUACCUUUUGAUCUUUAGAGCCAGUGUGUAGUCAUAGUUUUCACACACUUGCGUGUUUGACGAUGUGCAGAGAGUAUGGUUGUGCUGCAUGUCAAAGUUAACCUGUGUUUUUGAGGUGGCCAUUUUACAAAUAUUCAUACUUUUUAUGAAUGGAACCAGUUGGUUUUUUUUUUUGUUUUGCUUUUGUUUUUGGUUUUUCCGAAACGUUUGGUUCUUAAACCUGGUCUAAAAAUACAUACCUCCUACAGACCAGCCAGCUAUGUUUGUUUGUGAUUUAUUUGAAUCAACUUUUGCUGAUAAACUAAAACAACUGUUAUUCAGAGUCAUAAUGAUUAUUGUGGCACAUUGGUGACAGUCUGGAGUUGUGUUGGUUGCUUGUCUAAGCAGCCAAGACCAUGCUAGUAUUCAUACUUAUGAAAUGUACUGGAUGUUGAUUAUUUUCAAUAAUGGUAUUAACAAGUCCCUUUUAUCGAAUCACUAUUAUUUGCAAUAAAAGUCUUCAUGUUACAAUAUAAACCCACAUCUGAGUUCAUGAGCACUCAAAGGGGUUGUCAUGAUAACUGAGACAGGGUUUGAGCCAGAGCGCGCUGUUAUGACAAAGUCCUCCUUAAAACAUAAAAUGUCUUGUCACUACAUUCUCCCUGCAUCCAAAUCCCCCCCUUGAAAUCAAGGCAAAAAUCAAUGCUGUAAGCAGGCUUCUCAGUUUUAGAUUUUAUAAGCUGUAUCAUAAUUUACAUGCGUUGUCCGGGGACUGCCAAUUGUUACAAUGGCCUAGAAAUUUGAAGCCCUCUUAGUCCAAAAAAUGUUCCAUUGGACUGAGAGCCUGUUUCUCAGACAGUCUAUUAUCCUAAAAACAAAUAGCCAUUGUUUCAAAAU